CGCCCACUGUACACUACCGCACUCACGCGCACACGCACCGGCAGUGGGAGUGGGUGCUCGCGUAGCUGCUGGAAGACAGGAUGGGAUAAUCAUGCGCGUCUGGCUCCGGGCGUUGAUGCAGCUGCCGAUGCUGGAUACGGACUGGACUCGGGGAGCAGGGUGGGUCUAGGUGCAGGCCGGUGCUGCUUGGACCUCUUCUUGAUGUUUAUCAGGCAUUCCGAGCAAGACUGUAGGGCGAUGGCCGUGAGAAGAGUUGGUGCAGCUCUUUGAAGCGUUCUCACCGAUGGAGGACGAUAUUCACCGGCAUUGAAGCGCAGAGCGGGUCUGGGGGAACUUGGAAAAGGGGAGAGGGUACUCCGGCGUCCUCCUUAGGGGAUACAAAACACGCAUUUUUUUAUGAUUUCUUUAGGUGGUGUUAAUUUGAACCUGGAAUAGGGGGGCAAACGGGGCUAGAACCGCAAUUGGCAAUUAGGAGCGGACAGCCUCUGAGGAUCCAGCAACAGCCGCAUCCGUCCGACCGUCCGGGGUGUUGGCGGUGGUUCUGGGUGGAUUUACUUGGAUGGAGAAAGGGUGCAGUGAAGGCUGAGAGAGAGCGGCUCGCCGUGUGUAGGAGGAGGAGGAGACGGAGGAAAACCGGGCAGUUUGAAGGGACGGGGAGCCAGGAGCGGCGCGGCGGCUCCAUGAGCGGCUCCUGCCGGGAGAGAGCGCCCACAGCCCAGCCGGAGCGUCUCCACUGCCGCGGGUAGAAGCCCGGGCUCAAGGACCGCGGUCAGUUUGGAAGGUUUUGAUGCAUAUGAUCACAACCACCAUGAUUUUUAUGAUUCUUGGUGCUUCAGUUGUAAUGGCGAUAGCCUGUUUAAUGGACAUGAACGCACUACUGGAUCGCUUUCACAACUACAUCCUACCGCAUCUACGAGGGGAGGACCGCGUCUGUCACUGCAACUGUGGAAGGCAUCAUGUCCACUAUGUAAUCCCGUACGACGGGGACCACUCCUUGGUGGACUCUUCGGAGAACUACUUUGUGAGUGACAGUGUGACCAAGCAGGAGAUGGACUUGAUGCUGGGGCUGCUGUUGGGCUUCUGUAUCAGCUGGCUGCUGUUGUGGCUCGACGGAGUCCUGCACUGUGCCGUCAGGGCCUGGAGGGCGAGCCGGUACUACGAUACUCCAUCCUGGUCGUGGUUGCCCCAGUUCUGCAACCUCCGAGACCUCCGUCGCCGAGCCCAGCUCAGACAGCUGGAGGACUCCAGCGGCAACAUGGUCCACAUCAAGCAAAAGCUCUACCACAACGGCCACCCCAGUCCUCGACACCUCUGACUCUAAACAUCAAAAAGAAAGAAAAAAAAAUAAGAUUGAAAACUUAGAUCUUCCCCUUAAACCUCCACUCGUUCUUACCAAACUUUCCCCUGGCCAAAUGUUGCCUCAGAGACCUGUAAAACGGCCCUCUCUCUGUUCAUAAUGUGGCCCUCUUUCAGCCCCUCUGACAGGACCUUCUUUUGACCCUAAACCUGUCUGUCAGCACUUAAAAAAAUCCCAAAACAGAAUGAGAUUUUUCUUUCUUCCCACUAAAAACAUCGUCUUAACUCUGUGUCCACCACUGUGGGAGGAAGAAAACAUUUUUAAGGGUGUUUUUUCUGUAUAGAGACAUUUUCUGUGUUUAUUGUUAAACUUGGCAUGCUCUUUUAGAACAGGGUAAAAUGUGGGAAGCGUAUGGAAUGGGGAGGUGAGAUGGGGUAUUUUGUUUCCAGGUGAGACUUUAUUGGUGCAGGGUGGGGCGAAUGCAACAGGUGGGUGGGUGGGUUUUUGUGAUGGUUAGACUGCUGCUUCUGUAAAUAGGUACAAAUACGGGAUUUAACAGACGGGGACGUGGCUGGUGGGGAGAUUUUUGUGUUAGUCGCUUAUCAGUAGAAAACUGAACACUGGACUGUGUGAGUAAAAGUUAGAGCAAAAAGGAACAGAAAGUUGAGUCUGUUUGAAAACUGGAUGUGAAACAAUGUGAUUUCUGCUAAAAACACAGAUUAAUUAGCUUUGUUACUUAGUGAAUUAACUGAAUGUAUUACUUUUUCCUGUAAAUAUGUGAGAGGGAGGAGGGUGCAUGCGGCUGUGGUCAGAUUUCCCUCUGCUAAACUAACAUUGUUCAGUUGACACACCAGAAGAGGUGAACGCCAGCCAAAAAGACUCAGUCAACAUAUCUACAGUGCUUUGCAAAAGUAUUCACUCCCCUUGAGUUUUUCCACAUUUUAUCACAUUACAACCAACCACAAACCUGCAACAUUGUCUUAUAUUGGUAUUUUGUAUAAUAAACCAACACAAAGUAGUGCAUAAUUGUGAAGUAGAAUGAACAUUACACAUGGUUUGCAAAACUUUUUCCUAUUAUUUUCUCCCGUCUGAGAUAAUGUCUUUUAAGAAAUGGCGACAGUAAUAAAUGUCAAACUUCUUGUCAGAGGGAUGAGCUACUGUUGGAAUAAAGGGCAUAAUGUUCCUUUAGCUUUGUAGAACCACCCUCGGUCUUUUGGGGGUAUAUCAUAACCAGCUUUGCACAUCUAGAGACUGAAUUGUUUUCCCCACUCAUCUUUGCAAAAUAGUUCAAGCAACGUCACGUUUUAUGAGAGCGUCUAUAAACAUCCGUUUUCAGGUCCUGUCACAGAUUUUCAAUUAAUGUGGUUUAAUCUAAACCAUGAACCUCUAUCAGGUUGCUGUCAUUUGCUGCCUUCAACAUGUUUUCUGUCAAGAUUGGCCUGUAUUUAUCUCUGUCCAUCUGACCAGCAACUGCUGAAGAAAAGCAUCCACCCAGCAUGAUGCUGUCACCACUAUGUUUCACAGUGGGGAUGACAUGUUUUAGGAGAUGUGCAUAUUUGUUGUGCCCUCUAGUCUCCAGUGAUGAGAAGAGAAAGUCCCAUCCACUUGCCAUUAUUUUCCUAUGCUUUCACAAUGAUUUCCAGCUUUACUUCAGUCUACUGUGUGACAUAAAAUCCCAUUAAAAUACAUUGAAGUUUGUACCUGUAACAAGACAAAAUGUGGAAAAGUUCAAGUUAAUCCUUUUGCAAUGAUAUGCACUGUUUUUUUAUGGAGUCACAUUUAUGUUCUCUAAUUGAGUUUUUUUUAUUUUAUUUUAUCUAACCUUCACACUCUCCAGGAGCAACCAGCCUAUCAGCAGAAGGAACCCUCACCCAGCCGGCCCCCUUGCUGCCCUCCCCCUCUCUGUCCAGACAUUGCUGUUGUGAGGAUGAAAUGUCUGUUUUAUUAAAAGUGCCAUUGAAGCACAACAGUGA